AUGUUGCUCCGCAGUCCUUUGCGCGAGCAACUCCACACUCGGGGAGCUUCGACUUUUGACGACGCGGUGGAUAUCGCGGAGGAGCUUGACAGGGGCCUUUGGGCUAUGGAGAAAGCUCCUACGGCUAAGCCAACGGCGCCGCUGCGGGUCACCGCGCGCGCCACGAACCAAGUUCGACUGGCCGAGGCCGACAGGUACUCUGAAGCUGAUUCGGAGCGCCCACCGGACGAAGACUUCGACACCGCCCCGUUGACUCAACAGGAUCCUCCGCGCCCACCACCCGCCGGUCGUUACCCCGAUCGAAACAAUGGCGCAAGGAAUGAGCGCCCUCCGCAGCAGGGUCGGUCUAACUUCCCCCCGACCAAGCCCCGAGCCUGCUUUAACUGCGGCAAGACGGGGCACGUGCAGAUGAACUGCCCCGAGCCACAGAAGAACACGGCCCGCUGGGCUAACGGAGAGGAAGUCGACUAUGGCUACACCGACUGCGACACUGAAACAGUUUACGAAGACUGCGAGUCGCUCACUAUUCUGCACUCCACUUUUGAAGGAGAAUGGGUGCCAGACACUCCCUCGCCCCGACGGGCCUCGGGGACGGCCCCGGCCGCCCCACGGAAGGAACGGGUUUGCCACUCUUGUGGAAUUAAGGGCACAGUGCGCACUUGUCAGCCGCACUUAGCGCCCAGCUGCCCGAACGGGCCCCGCACGAGGGCGCGCACCAAAAUAUCGCAGCCGAAGGCGCCUCCACAGAAGACGAAGUCCUCUCCGCAGAAGGAAAAGCUGCCGCUCAGACAGACAAGGUCAAAGCGAGCGACGCAGGAAGAACCGCAGGUCCAUUUGGUCACCGGACCCAUAGGCUGGGAGCACCAACCGGAGCUUGAUCUCUCCGACGAAGAAUCCUACGAAGAGGAGGACUACGGAAACGUGCGCGUCACGCGCAGCGGACCAGAAGUGCUCGACCCUUAUGGGGCGCGCGUCCGGAUGCCAGCGCACAGAACGUCGGUGAUCAUCACACCCCCCUUGGUGCCUGGGCAGGUUCCACAGCCCUCUAGGCGUGACACUCACAGGCAACCGGCGCGAAGCCAGCAGGCCCCAGCGGCCGCGGCUCUGCACCCGAGCGGAAGGCCACGUGGCAUCGCCCCGGCGACCGAACACGCCGCAGGGCGCGCGACUUCCAAUCCGCCUGUCCCCUGUCCCUCCGUCACAGGGACUUUCCCCCUGAGCUGGUUCAAGACUGAGCCUUACGUAGCUUACGGCAGCCCUCAGCUCCUGCAGGACAUGAGUCGAACGCUCCGGAAAGUCGAACUGGCAACGACUUCUGCGGACCCCACCAACGAGCCAGUACUGCGGAACGCCACGACCUUUCCAACUCCGGAACCACCGGAGAAGGGACAUUUUGGGAUCGAACGCGCCAAGGUCGACCCCCUACUCCGGGAGAGCAUCGCCUACAUUGUGACCAGAGUGGGAGGAGUGCGGGGCAUCGAACGGCCGACCUGCAUGGAUUCGGGUGCUGACAUCAACGUGAUGUCACCAGACACGAAGACAACUCGACUCUGGGGGAGAAGAGUCGGACGCCGAAGGAACGGAAACGCAGGAGAGCGACCUCGACGACGAAGACGCAAGGAUCCCAAGCUGUUGCCCCCGGAGGAAGGACCCACGGAGCCGCCGCCGGUUGCUGACGACACCAUGACGUCAGCCCCCGCUUUUCCCGCCCCAACAAUGGAGGGCGAAACCGGCGAAACUACUCCCCUAGGCGCACCCCUGAUGCAGGAGAAAUGCGCCGUCCUGCUCGCCUUCGCGGAGAGCGGCGACGACCAGGAGUCCUUGAACUUUUCUGACUGCGACGAAAGCGCAGAGGAAGAGUGGCACGAGUCAGCACUCUUGUCCUGGAUGGCGGAAGCUCGGGCAGAAGAAACGGACCCCCCCACGUUUGUGAAGGUUUUGGACAACUUCGUCGCCCUUCACAUCAUCCUGCCGGGAGCUCCUUGGACCAAUGGCCUGGCGGAAAGAACAGGAGAGGAAGAAGCGCAGGCGCCAAGUGAUUACGUCAGCAAUCCGGAAGGCGAGCGAUUUGACUCAGACGACGACGUCCCCGACUUAGUCCCCUACGCGGACGAGGAAGAGGACGAGAUAGGUGAGCUAACUUCGCAGUCGUCCCCCCGGCCGUGGCGCCGGCGCCCCGAGCACCCCGCUCGCCGGGGGAAGCUCAGAUUUCGCUCCGACAUGGCGCUCAUGGGCACAGCGGCGUUCACCCAAUUUUGUUACACGAAUGACACCGUCUCCUGGCUGGAACAAUUCGAGGAUCCGAAAGAAAACUUUCUGGCAGAUGCGAAGCCUCUGUGCUCCCCGCCUCGACCGUUCAGGAACGAGCCCCCGGACGGACCCGACCGGGGCAUUGUACUCUCCUCCCCGCAGGAAAUCCGCUGCUUCUUCGACGAGAUGGUGCGGCAGAACGUGUACUCUCCGGAUUAUGCUUCGGACAGAAUCAGAGAGUAUGAGCAGACGUUCCUUCAGUUCGACGUGGACGAGAUUCUGCACCCCAUACCCACACCUCUACUGGUUGUGCUACCCCCCGGAUUCUGCGCUACCGUACUGUUAGCCGAAGCGGAAGUAGAGGCUGGUGACGCUCACGAACGAGAGAGGACAAAUGAUUGGGGAGAGGACAUAUUUGGGUUCGAGCUUCCGCAGGUCCAAAAAGCAACGGACUGCCCCGAUGUCGAAGUGAAACCGCUACCUCGACUUCCCCCCGAGGAACAAUGGCAGGCCGUCUUGCCCCAACUACAGAUCGCAAAAAGCUUAACUCCGGAGCAAAAGAAGGAACUUCUUGACGUCCUUAAGCGUCACCCUCACGCCUUCUCCAAAGAUCCAUUUGAUUUAGGGUUGCUACCGGGGGAUCCCCGCGAGGGGCUCGGAAAGCUAGCGCCGUUACAAAUAGUGAACGACGGCGCAAGCGACUGGGAGAACAAGUCCGGAGAAGACAGCGUUAGCGAACGGGAGGAGAUGACUUUCCAACCGCGCAAGCUGUUCGAAGAAGAGGAGGAACUCCUCAUCAUGGAGGAGGAAAUCACUUUCCAGGAUUGGGCGGCUCCGGAAGGGCUCACGGUCUUGACCAUCCUUGCAGGGGAGACCACGACUUUGGAACCCCCCGAACAAAUGCAGGGACUUCCGGGAAUCCCGGCUCGGGCACGCACGGUUCUGGAAGAAGAAGAAAUGGUAGAAUAG